AUGCUGAAGUAUAGUCUCGCGUUACUCGCCGUGUUUGCCUCGACCGCUUUUGCCUGCGAACCUGAAUGUCGUCGUGGUCUGGCUGCCGACUUUACCGUGCAAUACGAGCCCGUUGUCCGAAUGACACUCGACAACCUUCAAUCCGAGUUGUCAAAGUCCUUAUCCAAUUUCACAUUUCCUGACCAAAUCCGUUCCGUGGUUCCUGAAGAUGAAUUUCGUAAUGGCAUCGGAUCUGCUGUCAAAAAUACGUUGGAACAGUAUUCACAACUCGCAGCGGGGCAACGCUUAGAAAAAGAUAUCUACAAUGUCAUGUUUAACGAAGACAAACCCUUCAAAGGCGACUGCAACCAUCCCAAAAGGGUCGAUAGAAGAAUGCCUCCUCCCGGUGACUCAUGGACUCGCGAUGAAUGCGUAAAGAUGGAUUAUAUUUGUGGCAAUCCCCCUUCUAUUUGUCAUUUCCUGGACGACAUCAAGGGUCGCAUCGUCAAGCGCAUGAAAGAAAGAAUGCAAGCAGAUGCUUCUUACGAUAACGGUUGGCUUGUUCGUAGCUUGCUCCAGGAUUUAAGGUACUCGGUGAAUAACUCGCUGAACAAGUACGGUGCCGGUUCCAUGGUAGAAGAUCCCAGCGUGAACAAUAUCGUUAAGAGCCUCGUGAACAAUUCCUUAAGGUCGCUUGAUGCGUGGGUAGACAGCGAUGUGAAAUCAUUAUGUACUACAUCAAGUGAGCAUGACGUCUGUGAUGGCUGGGAUGAAGUGAUUAUUCCCAAGAUUUUGCAGUGGCCUUAA